ACCCCCCUUCCCUGAAGUGACUCAGAGUCUUCGCAGUAAGUUAAGAUAUUCCAGCAGGUUCUCUUCCAUCUUACACGCAAAAGCUCACUGAAGGUAGACGCUGCCCACGGUCCGUCUCGCUCAAAACAUGGUGCUUCUAUUCCUCUCUCUGCUCCUAUGGGACACGCCUCAGGCAGAGGCUGCAGCCGUGGACCCGUGCUCCGCUUACAUCAGCCUGAACGAGCCGUGGAGGAACACGGACCACCACGUGAACGGCUCCUUGGGCGUGCCCCUGUGCGACAACCACAUGAACGGGGAGUGGUACCGCUUCACGGGCAUGGCGGGAGACGCCAUGCCCACCUUCUGCAUCACGGAGAACCACUGCGGCACCCACGCGCCCAUCUGGCUCAACGGCAGCCACCCACUGCCCGGCAGUGGCAUCGUCACACUGCCCACCUGUGCCAGCUUCAACGACAACUGCUGCCAAUGGAAUGCCAGCGUGGAUGUCAAGGCCUGCUCCGGCGGAUACUACGUGUACCGCUUGCCACGCCCCACUGUCUGUUUCCAUGUCUACUGUGGCCAUUUCUACGAUAUCUGUGACGAGGUUGAUUGCCAGGGUCCAAGCUGUGCGCCGGCUGAAUGUCAGUGUCCCAGCGGUACUGUCCUGGGGCUUGAUGGUCAAACCUGCCUGGACGUGAACGAGUGUGAGAGGAACAAUGGCGGCUGUGCAGAGGUGUGUGUGAACACCAAGGGGUCCCACCGCUGCGAAUGCGGCCCGGGGAAGGUGCUGGGGAGUGACAGCUGGAGCUGCAGAGAGAUCGAGGGCUGCCACAACAGCAAUGGUGGGUGUAGCCAUGGCUGCUCCGUGCUGCAGGACUCCUACGUCUGCCAGUGCCCUCGCGGCCUGACGCUCGGGGAAGACCAGCGCACCUGCCAGGUGCCAGUGCAGUGCCACCCCAGCUCCAUACAGGUGUCCGUGCCGAAGAGCCUGGCGGGGGGGCUGGACCUCUUCCUGUCCAACUCGUCCUGUCGCGGCAUCUCUAACGGGACCCACAUCACCCUGAGCUUCAGCCUGAAGACCUGUGGGACUGUGGUGGAGGUGAUAAAUGACAAGAUCGUGGGCAGCAACCUGGUGACGGGUCUUCCGCGGUCCAGCCCCAGCAGCAGCGGCGACAUCAUCGUCCGCACCAGCAAGCUGCUGCUGCCCGUCAGCUGCGAGUUCCCGCGCCACUAUGAGGUGUCGGACGGCUACCAAGCCAGCCUGCACAGCACCGCCCUGGAGCUGGCCGGCCGCAGCCGUGGCAUCUUCCCCUUCAGCCUGGAGCUCUUCAAGAGCGCCGACUUCUCCGAGCCAUACAGCUCUCCGCCACGCCUGCACCUGCGAGACGCGCUCUUCUUCGGCGUGGAGCCGCAGGAGCGUGUCGCCGGCCUGGCCGCGCUGGUGGAGAGCUGCUUCGCCACGCCGGGCCCUACGGCCGACCAGGCCCUCAAGUACUACCUCAUCAAAGACGGCUGUAUUUCAGAUGAGUCAGUGAAGCAGUACUCAUCUAAAGACCAGCUUUCCAAGCACUUUCAGGUGCCAGUCUUCAAGUUUGUGGGCAAGGACAAUGAGGAAGUUUUCCUGCACUGCCGAGUGCUGGUCUGUGGCCAAAGGGAGGAUGGCUCCCGCUGCUCACAAGGCUGUCGGAGACGGAUACGGCGGCAGCUCUGGACUGAGGAGCACCUGGACCAGCGCAUCCUGACAGGCGGCCCGAUCCGGAUCCUGCCGGACCCGUGAUAGAGCCUGAUCUCUCUGUCCUGGCUAAGCCAAGCACUGAGAUCUGUCAGACUCUGGCUCUUACGCAUGUUCAAGCUUUGGCCUUUCACACCUCAGUACUAAGACGUGCACAGAGAACGUCACACAUACGUGCCUGUCACACGGGGAUACAUUUGAAGGGUUUCCCACACCACUCCAAACCACAAAAACUCAGAAACCAAAGAAAAUUUGAACAAGCAUCUUUUGCUUUUUUAAAGACAUUUAUCUGGAGUGGUGUGUCCCCACAAUGUUUGUGUUUUCAGGUUUGCUACGAUGUCCUCUAAGCAUAC